CAAACCAAAGGGAAACUAAAAAUAUACUGUUCAUUAAGUGUGUAGAGGUCUGAGAGAAACAUGGCUCCUUGGACGAGGAGUACUACAGAACAUUUUGGAGUUGUAAAGUGGAAUUUUGUCGGUAAAGGAGAGAAGCAGCUGUCCCUGGAAAUAGGAGAUACGGUCUUCAUCCAGGAGGUUUGUGAAGGAUGGUACAAAGGCUACUUGGCAAGGAAUAAAGCCCAGCAGGGAGUAUUCCCUGCCAGCUUUGUCCAUCUUAAAGAUGUUGUCAUAAAAAAACGGGGAGAUGAGAAAAUUGUGACGUCUGCAGAGAUGCCCUUGGUCAAAGAGGUGACCACCACGCUGAGAGAGUGGGGAAGCAUAUGGAAGCAGCUAUUUGUGUCCAACAAACAUCUGCGAGUGAAGCAGGUCCAGAGGUUGAUGUGGGAGCUGAUGGAGUGGCGUUCUCAGCUCCUGUCUGGCACCCUGCCCAGUGACGAAUUUAAAGAGCUCAAGCAGAAAGUAACUUCCAAGAUUGAUUAUGGCAACAAAAUCCUGGAGCUGGACCUUGUCGUUCGGGACGAGGAUGGGAACAUCUUGGAGCCGGAAAAAACGAGCAUCAUCAGUCUUUUCAGGGCGCACGAGGAGGCCACAGCUAAGAUCAAUGAGCGUAUUAAAGAGGAACAGUCCAACAUCCAGACAGACCACAGCGGGAUCUCAGCACGCAUCCAGUCUUCCCCCACACACAGUCUCUACGUCUUUGUCAGGAACUUUGUCUGCCGCAUCGGCGAAGACUCCGAGCUGUUUAUGUCCCUCUAUGACCCGUGUAAACAGACCAUCAUUAGCGAGAACUACUUGGUUCGGUGGGGCAGCAGAGGUUUCCCCAAAGAGAUCGAAAUGUUGAACAACCUGAAAGUUGUCUUCACAGACUUGGGGAACAAAGACCUGAGCCGAGAGAAGAUUUAUUUGAUCUGUCAGAUAGUGAGAGUGGGCAGGAUGGACUUGAAAGAAACAAACAACAAGAAGUGCACUCAGGGCCUCCGGAGGCCUUUUGGGGUGGCAGUAAUGGACAUAAGCGACAUCAUCAAAGGGAAGAUUGAAUGCGAUGAGGAGAAGCAGUUUUUCAUCCCCUUCUUCCCGGUGGUUGCUGAAAAUGACUUUCUCCAUUCCUUGCUGAACAAAGUCACAGCCUCACGAGGAGACAGUGGUGGCCAAGGUCUCUGGGUCACCAUGAAGCCUCUGGUGGGGGACAUAGUGCAGAUUCGAAAAGAAUACCCUCAUCUGGUGGACCGCAGCACAGUGGUCGCCCGCAAGCUGGGCUUCCCGGAGAUCAUAAUGCCAGGAGACGUCAGGAAUGAUAUCUACCUCACCUUACAAGGGGGMGACUUUGACAAGUACAACAAGACGACACAAAAGAAUGUGGAGGUCAUUAUGUGGGUCUGUGACGAGGACGGAAAAGUGAUCCAGAACUCCAUUUGUCUUGGAGCUGGAGAUAAGGCCGUCAGCGAGUACAGAUCUGUCAUCUAUUAUCAAAUCAAGCAGCCCCGCUGGAUGGAGACAGUUAAGGUGACGGUGUCUUUGGAAGAAAUGCACAGGAUUCAUUUGCGUUUCAUGUUCAGACACCGCUCUUCCCAGGAGUCCAAAGAUAAGAGCGAGAAGAACUUUGCUAUGGCGUUUGUACGCCUGAUGAAGGAUGACGGGACAGUUCUGCAGGACGGAUCGCAUGACCUCAUAGUUUUCAAGGGUGACAGCAAACGCAUGGAAGAUGUGAACUCCUACUUGUCCUUGCCUUCGACCCGUCACCAUCUCAGCGACCCCCACAAGGGGGCAGGGUUGAACCGCAGCUCCAGCAGCGUGUCUGGGGGCGGGGGAGGCCUGUCUGUAAGCUCCAGAGACAGUUUCGCCAUCUCCACCCUCGUCUGCUCCACUAAACUCACCCAGAACGUGGGCCUGUUGGGGCUCCUUAAAUGGAGGACUAGACCCGAACUCCUGAAAGAAAACCUGGAGAAACUUAAAAUCAUUGAUGGAGAAGAGGUUGUCAAGUUUCUGCAGGACACACUCGACGCCUUGUUCAACAUCAUGAUGGAACACUCUCAGACCGACGACUACGACAUCCUUGUGUUUGACGCCUUGAUAUAUAUCAUCGGGUUGAUUGCUGACAGGAAGUUCCAGCACUUCAACACUGUUCUGGAGGCCUACAUCAAGCAGCAUUUCAGCGCUACACUGGCCUACAAAAAGCUGAUGUCGGUGUUGAAGAGAUAUCUGGAUGUCUCCAGCCGAGGAGAACAGUGUGAGCCCAUCCUCCGAACCCUCAAAGCCCUCGAGUAUAUCUUCAAGUUCAUUGUUCGUUCCCGCAUGCUCUACUCCCAACUCUAUGAGGGGAAGGAGCAGGCAGAGUUUGAAGAGUCGCUGAGGCAGCUUUUUGAGUCCAUCAACAACCUGAUGAGAUCAGACUUCACUACCACUCUGUUGAACAGGGUCGCCGCUCUGAAGUACCUGCCAACAGUCUUGCACGAUGUUGAGAAAGUAUUUGACGCAAAACUCCUCAGUAAGUUGCUGCAUGACUUUUAUUCCUGCAUCCCACCUGAGAAACUCCAGAAGCAGAAGGUAGCCUCCAUGACUGAAAUCGUCAGCAGCCAACUCUUUCAGAAACAAGAGUGCCGUGAUGUGUUGUUACCCAUGAUGCUGCGGGAACUGAGUGGGGCUCUGGUCAGUAUGGCUGACGGUCUGCACGACGAGAGGAGAAACAGUUUGGAGCUUCUCAACAACAUUUUGGAGGUCCUCAGCAGGAAAAACGUGGGGAAAACAUUUCAACAUAUCCAAGACAUUGUGGUGUCUCUGCUGCAGAUCAUCAACAAAACAGUCAUCACAAUGGGUCGAGAGCACGCUCUGAUUUCAAGAGUUGUUGCCUGCAUGACAGCUAUUCUCAGUCAGAUGGAUGAUCGUCAUUAUGCCACUUACAUAGAAACCUUCACAGGAACCACUGAUCUGGUGGACUUCCUGAUGGAGUCCUUUCUACUUUUCAAGGACCUGAUAGGGAAACAUGUAUAUCCCUCUGACUGGAUGGCCAUGAUCAUGGUGCAGAACAAGGUGUUCCUGAGAGCCAUCAAUACCUAUGCUGACACAAUGAACCAGAAGUUCCUCAGUAAUGAUGACUUUGAAGUUCAGCUGUGGAAUAACUACUUCCACUUGGCAGUGGCGUUUAUUACUCAAGAGUCUCUGCAGCUUCAGCAUUUCUCUCCAACCAAGAGGAACAAGAUUCUGGUCAAAUAUGGAGAUAUGCGAAGGCUCAUUGGCUUUGCUAUCCGUGACAUCUGGUACAAACUAGGAAGUCAUAAGAUCUGUUUCAUCCCUGGCAUGGCGGGUCCUAUUCUGGAAAUGACUCUAAUCCCUGAGGAGGAGCUGAGAAGAGCCACUAUUCCCAUCUUUUUUGACAUGAUCAACUGUGAACAUACACAGUACGGAAACUUCCAGAAGUUUGAGAAUGAGAUCAUUCUGAAGUUGGACCACGAGGUGGAAGGUGGAGGAGGGGAUGAACGAUACAUGCAACUGUUAGAAACCAUCUUGCUGGAUUGUGCUGCAGAGAAACCCCCACUGAAGCCGCAGGUGCAGCACUUUGUCUCCCUGGUUAAGGGUCUCCUUAUUCGUCUCCUUGACUAUCGCACAGUGAUGAGCGAUGACAGCCGCAACAACCGCAUGAGCUGCACUGUCAAUCUUCUGAACUUUUACAAGGACAUCAAUCGGGAAGGAAUGUACAUCAGGUACCUGUACAAAUUAAGAGACCUUCACUUAGAAGGUGAAAACUACACCGAGGCGGCCUACACCCUGCUGCUGCACUCUCGUCUGCUCAAGUGGUCAGAUGACAAGUGUAGCCCCCAGUUUGAGUUCCAUGGCUCCCAAACGCAGAGGCAGCUCAAAGAAACUCUUUAUGACACCAUCAUCGAUUACUUCGACAAGGGCAAGAUGUGGGAAGAGGCCAUCACUCUGUGUAAAGAACUGGCAGAACAGUAUGAAAAUGAGAUCUUUGACUACGAGUUACUUAGCAAAAGACUGGAAAAACAAGCAAAGUUCUAUGAGAAUAUUAUGAAGAUCUUGAGACCUAAGCCUGACUACUUUGCAGUGGGCUACUAUGGACUAGGCUAUCCUCCAUUUCUCCGGAACAAGGUGUUCAUUCAUCGGGGUAAAGAGUACGAGCGCAGAGAGGACUUCCAGAACCAGCUAAUGAGCCAGUACCCCAGCUCCGUGCGCCUCAACACCACAACCAUGCCAGGAGACGACAUCAAGAACUCUCCACUGCAGUAUAUCCAGUGUUUCACAGUGCAGCCAGUCCUGGAGAUUCCUCCUCGCUUGAAGAACAAACCUGUCCCUGACCAGAUCAUCAACUUCUACAAGUCCAACUAUGUGCAGCGUUUCCAUUAUUCCCGACCUGUGAGGAAAGAACCUGUGGACCCAAAUAAUGAGUUUGCUUCAAUGUGGAUUGAACGCACAACCUUCACCACUGUGUAUAAACUGCCUGGGAUCCUGCGCUGGUUUGAGGCUACAGACAUAAAACAUACUGUCUUGUCUCCACUAGAGAACGCUAUAGAAACCAUGGAGUCCACCAAUGAGAAGAUUCUGACCAUGAUAAAUCAGUACCAGGCUGACUGGAGCCUUCCCAUUAACCCCCUCUCGAUGCUUCUUAAUGGGAUAGUGGACCCAGCUGUCAUGGGAGGCUUUGCUAAGUAUGAAAAGGCAUUCUUCACUGAGGAGUACACUCUGCAGCACCCAGAGGACAGAGAUAAACUGCUGCGUCUCAAGGACCUCAUCGCGUGGCAGAUCCCACUGCUGGGUGGAGGACUGUCCCUCCACGGGAAGAGAGUCACCGAUGACCUGCGUCCUUUCCAUGAUCGCAUGGAGGAGUGUUUUAAACAGCUGAAGAAGAAAGUGGAGAAGGAGUAUGGAGUGAGAGAGUUGCCGGACUUGGAUGACAGAAAGUCCUCUCGUCCUCGCUCAAUGCUGCGCUCCUUCCGUCAGUCCAUCAUCUCCAUUUCCUCUCUGCAGGGGUCUGAAUGUGGAACUCCGACCAAACUUCACGCAGACAACUGUCAAAGAAGCAGGAGUUCCGCAGUGACACUAACUUGUCGGAGCCAAAUGAAGGAAAUGUGUUGCUGACCAGUGCCAACUCCAAGUCUCUGCCAACCAUCACAGGUCUGACCCUGUCAGUGGUUGGUGGGGGAGAAGAGGUGGACUCACCCAGAGCUAGGAGGGACAGUAAGAGCAUGUCUCUGUGUGGGACCUCUGACCGAACAGCAGACAGACGCUCUAAGGGUGUCAUCAACCUGCUUUUCAAGUCCAAGCAGAGCUCCAAAACAGAAGAKGUGAAGCAAAGCGACACAGCCAAAGAAAGUGACAAUCAUUUCUAAAGUUUCUUAUUUUAUUUUCACCUUUCCUUCACUCAUUGUUUGCAUUUUUUAUAAAGUUUUAAACUUGUUACCGGAAACCAAAGCAAUAUGUACUCCCUCCCCGCCUGCCUGUCAGUCUCAGUAUCUCUGUUGCCUUAAUGCAAUAGAUUUUUCCUGUCAAUAAAGGCUAUUUUCGUUGAGUGA